UCAAUGGAAAAUACUCUUUGAUUCUACAUUCCUGUCCGAUCUCUUAAGACAAGCACCUCGAAAAUCUUUAUAUAUAAUAUUUAUUUAUCUUUGCAUAUACAUGUAUAUUAUAUGCACAGCUUUCGCCGUUGACACCCUCUUUUCUGUCUUUUAUACUCUCUUUUUCUUCACUUCCCACACGAUCCUCCCUCUAAUCUCCACCUUUAACUCCUUCCUUUCUCUCUAAACCAAACCAGCACAAAUAACCCAUCUCCAUUUUCUCUCCCAAUCGCCAUUCUUUCGAUUCUUAUCGCUCUCUUUGCUAUCUCUUGUUAUGCCUUCAUUUUCACUUGUAUAGAUAGAUUUUAUAUAUAUAUAUAUAUAUAUGUGUGUGUGUGUGUGUGUGAUAUAUAAAUAUAUCUGCUCAUCAGCAUUCAAUUCUCCAAUAUCGGUUACUGGAACUGUAGAUUACAAUUUCUUAAAUGUCAUUUGCGUGCGGACUUGAAUACGUGGUGCUACUGGGUUGCUCGCGGUGGGCUUGGAAGCGCUGCACUUAUAUCGGCUCCGACGACAGCGAUUCAUGGCCGCUCGCCACCCCCGACGAGUUCGAACCCGUUCCCAGAAUCUGCCGCUCUAUUCUUGCAAUCUAUGAAUCGGACCUCCACAACCCGCAGUUCGCUCCUCCCGGCGGCUACGGGCUCAAUCCGGAUUGGGUCCUCAAGCGGGUAACCUACGAGCAAACCUGCGGCCACGCGCCGCCUUACCUCAUCUACGCCGACCACGAGCACCGUGAAAUCGUCCUCGCAAUCCGAGGACUCAAUCUUGUGAAAGAGAGUGACUAUAAAUUGUUGCUAGACAACCGCCUGGGCCGUCAGAUGUUCGAUGGAGGGUAUGUUCACCAUGGGUUGCUGAAGUCGGCGGUAUGGUUGCUGAACGAGGAGUCGGAGACGUUGAAGCGGGUUUGGGAGGAGACUGGGAGGGAAUACUCGAUGGUUUUCGCCGGCCACUCGCUUGGUUCGGGGGUAGCUUCGCUUUUGACUGUGAUAGUCGUUAAUCAUAGGAACCGGCUUGGUGGGAUUGCCAGGAACAAGAUUAGGUGUUACGCAGUGGCGCCCGCCAGGUGUAUGUCUCUGAAUUUGGCCGUCAAAUACGCCGAUGUCAUUCACUCUGUAAUUUUGCAGGAUGAUUUCUUACCAAGAACGCCGACUCCAUUAGAAGAUAUUUUCAAGUCAAUCUUCUGCUUGCCUUGCUUGCUAUUUUUGGUUUGCUUGAGGGACACCUUUAUACCAGAAGGGAGAAAGUUAAGAGAUCCAAGAAGACUUUACGCACCAGGACGCAUGUAUCAUAUUGUAGAGAGAAAAUUUUGCAGAUGUGGAAGAUUUCCUCCAGAGGUUCGAACUGCUAUUCCUGUUGAUGGGAGGUUUGAACAUAUCGUGUUAUCAUGUAACGCCACAUCAGAUCACGGAAUAAUUUGGAUACUAAGGGAAUCAGAGAAGGCUUUACAAAGAAUGAGGGAAAUCAGUUCCGAGACCGUGACAACGCCUCCCAAAGUACAAAAACUGGAGAGGUUGCAGACCAUCGAAAAAGAACACAAAGAUGCAUUGGAGAGAGCCGUGAGUUUGAAUAUUCCUCAUGCUGUUGGCGCUAUGGAGGGGGAGCAGCCAUCAGGAGACAAAGAAGCAGAGCCUUCUCAUAGUGAGAAUAAAGAACCUUCUCAAAACGAGAACGAAGGUGCUUCACAAUCCAAGUCAACAUCAAAAAGUAGUCGGACAAAUUGGGAUGAAGUUGUCGAGAAGCUUUUCCAGAGGACGGAAUCAGGAAACCUAGUUCUAAAGGAAAUCACAGAUGCCCCAAGAUGACAACAUUUUUCUUGAUUUAUUAUCAAAUCAAGUUUGGUUUUUAGAAUUUGGUUCUUAUCCUUCCCCUUCGAUCAAAUUAUGAUAUCAUUUAUCGAAAUUAAGGUACGACCUUGAUUUCAAUCCGAGUGUUACAUCUUUUAGAUUAAAUCCCAGCUGUGCAAUUUACUGGUUAAGAAAAAUCUUACCCCCUACUUAGGGUUCUUAAAAUUUGAUAUAUUGUGUGA